UUAGUCUAAUAUAUCAUAAUCAAAACGCGCUAUGAGUAAAGCUUUAACAUUCACCGCCAUCGCUGCUACUGCUGUUAUCGGAUAUGCCGUCUAUUUCGAUUACAAGCGUAGAAACUCAUCAGACUUUAGAAAGGCAUUAAAGAAGAGAGCAAGUAAACAACAAAAGUUGAAACAAAAGAAGGAAGCUGAAACCAAACAAAUUAAAUUAGAAUCUGUCAAGACUGCAUUAAUUGCUGACUUACAAGCUAACCCAAUACCAACUGAUUUGUCGGAAAGAGAAGCAUUCUUUAUGGAACAAGUUGCUACUGGUGAACAAAAGACUAAGGAAGAUCCUAUUGCCGCCGCUAUCUGUUUCUACAAAGCUUUAGCUGUUUACCCUAACCCAACUGAUAUCUUGGGUAUUUAUCAAAAGACCGUUCCUGAAGAUGUUUAUGAAUUGGUUGUUAUGAUGAUUGCUGUUUACCCACCAGCAUCAGUUUCCAAUAUUUUAAAUAAGGGCCCAGCCGCUGCUGCUGCCGCUGCUGCUCCAGCAGAAGAAGAUUUGGAUUAAACCAUCAGCGUUACGAAUAACUUAGAAUGAUUAAUUAUUUGCCAAAGUGAAGACUAGAGAAUUCGCUUAUUUUAUUUUAUUUUAUUGCUUUCUUUGAUGUAUUACGUCCCAUGUAUUGUAUAUAGAUAUUAUUACACGUAUUACCGGCAUGCUUAAGAGCAAAGUAUAAGAAGUAGAUAUGUGUAUACAGUCGAAGGUGAGGAGUUAUUUCAACAUUUCUUGAUUUUAGGAUACUACUAUUUAUAGCCGAAACACGUCAAGAGACAUAAAAUUUCCAGUGCGGCUUUGUGUUGCCAAGUUUUUACACACAGAGCAGUUACAUGUGGUUGGGCUUAAACCGUUGCAUUCUCCUUGUUCAUUGUAGCAUAAACUGACCAUCACUCGCUCAUUUCUAGAUAUCAGACAUCAUGCUUUUGUAUCUUCGUUUGUUAGUAUUGACUACCUGGGUAGUACAAGUUCUUGCAAAUAAUUCAACUGCUUUCCAAUACAAGGGUAUUAGUAUUGGUGGUUGGUUAGUUCUAGAACCGUACAUUACGCCAACUUUAUUUAAAGAUUCUCUUAAUCCAGGAGAAUCUGAAGACGAUAUCCCCGUGGAUGAAUAUCAUUACUGCAAGAAAUUAGGUAAAGAGGAAGCCGAACGCAGAUUGAAUCAACAUUGGAGUGAAUUCUACAAUGAGACUGAUUUCCAGUUGAUUAAGCAAGCUGGGUUGAAUAUGGUGAGAAUUCCUAUUGGAUAUUGGUCAUUCGAAAUGAUGGAUAAAGAUCCCUAUGUAUCGGGUGCUCAGGACUAUUUGGAUAAAGCUAUUGAAUGGAGUAAACAAAAUGAUUUGAAAGUAUUAAUUGACUUGCACGGGGCUCCUAAUACCCAAAAUGGAUUUGAUAAUUCUGGAUUAAGAAAUAUUGGGUAUCCAGGUUGGCAAAACAAGACAGAAUAUGUUGAUUUGACAGUCAAGAUCUUGAAACAAAUUUAUAACAAGUAUGGGACUGGUGAAUUUGCUGAGAAGUAUAAUGAUACCAUUAUCGGUAUUGAAGUUUUGAAUGAGCCUUAUGGACCUGCAUUAUCUAUGAACAAAUUGAAACUGUUUUAUAUUGAUACUUAUAAUGAUGCUAGAAAUAUUCAAAAUUUCACGAAUUCGAUCAUGUUCCAUGAUGCAUUCCAAGGUAUUGGUGACUGGGAUGACUUUUUAUCCAGGGGUAAAGUACAGGUUGUAUUCAAUAACGGUACGCGUAAUAUUACCGUCACUAAAUCUGCCAAAUUCAAUAAUGUUGUUUUAGAUCAUCAUCAUUAUGAAGUUUUCGCUGACUCUGUGCAUCUGAAUAUUACAACUCAUUUACAGAAUAUUAAGGAUUAUGCAGGAUCUAUUAAAAAGGAAAAGAACGGGGCAAUUGUUGGUGAAUGGUCGGCUGCAUUGACCGACUGUGCCAUGUGGUUAAAUGGUAUUGGAUUAGGAACUAGAUUUGAGGACACUGCUCCAUAUGGAAACAAAACUAGUAAUGGACAAUGUGCUAAAUGGACCGAUGCAAAGAAAUGGUCAAAACAACAAAAGAAGGAUUAUAGGAGAUUUAUAGAGAUGCAAUUAUACGAGUACGGGAUCAAUACUCAAGGAUGGAUAUUUUGGUGUUGGAAGACUGAAUCGGCUACGGAAUGGGAUUUCCAAGCUUUGGUAAAGUACGAUAUCAUGCCACAACCAUUGGAUAAUUAUAAAUAUGUUAAGAAUGGAGUUGACGUAAGUGGUAGUACAAAGUUUGGAUUGAAUUGGGUUUUACUUAUUUCUAUGUUAGUAGUAUUUUUAUAGACUAUAUACAAAUUUACCAUCCAAUUUCAGAUAAUCUUUCGUUUGUCUUUAUGGUUCCAAUGGCAAUUCCUCCCAUUAAAUCACCCAAAUCAGUGGAAUAUUCUAAUAAUUUCUUUGGAUCAUUGUAAUGAGUGGUUGCAUUUACAAUAGCCCUUGCUAAUUUUUCAGGGUUGGAAGAUUUGAAGAUACCGGAACCGACAAAAAUACCUUCACAACCUAAUUGCAUCAAUAAUGCAGCAUCUGCAGGUGUUGCAACACCACCGGCUGCAAAAUUAACCACAGGGAGUUUUCCUAAUUCUUUGACUUCCUUCACUAAUGAUACUGGAACUCUGUAUUUCUUAGCAAGGGCUUCAAUUUCAACUUCACUAGUUAAAUUCUGCAAUUCUUCAAUUUCUUGUCUAAUUUGAGAAAUGUGCUUAACUGCUUCAGAAACAUCACCGGUUCCUGCUUCACCUUUAGUUCUAAUCAUGGCAGCACCUUCGUUGAUUCUUCUUAAAGCUUCACCUAAAUCUUUAGCACCACAUACAAAAGGAACUUUGAAAUUGUUCUUUUUAAUGUGCAAUUGUUUAUCAGCUGGAGUUAAAACUUCACUUUCAUCUAUGUAAUCCACUUCCAAUGCUUCUAAAAUUUGAGCUUCGGCAAAAUGACCAACUCUACAUUUAGCCAUGACUGGGAUAGAAACAGCUUCUAUAAUUUCUUUAAUCAUUUUUGGAUCGGACAUUCUGCAAACUUGACCUGAUUUUCUCAUGUCAGCUGGAAUCUUUUCCAAUGCCAUAACAGCACAUGCACCUGCCCGUUCAGCAAUCUUGGCUUGUUCAGCAGUGACAACAUCCAUGAUGACACCACCUUUAAGCAUUUGAGCCAAACCGGCAUUGAUUUUAAAUUGAGACAGAGACAGAGCCAUUGUUAUUAUUAUUGUUGUUUUUGUUGUUGUUGAUUGAUUCAAUU